AUAUCCAUGCUCACUUGUCACAGUGGUGUCAGCUCAUAACGAACCCCAGUGGCUGUAGAAGGCAAACGGAGUGUGGAAGCGCAGCGGUGCAGAGUUGUAUCAGAUACAUGAUGCUCUAUGAGGACUUCUUUGACUGGCUUCACUGAGAUAAGAUAGAAGCGGCUACUCGAGAAUUUCGGACGUUUUCAUUCACCUGUUCUCACAUUUCGACUUUUUCGUUUGUUUGUUUUUUUUUUUAAAGUUGAUUAUUCUUUUCUAAUGUUUCACGUGAGAUGGCUAACGCAUCAUCGUCGCUUGAUGUGGGAGUUUUGUUUCUAAUCGUGGUGACAGCAUCUUUGACCAACGGUUCUUCAUUUAACAAAGAUGUGAGCCAGAGGAAGGAGGUGAAAGCGUUUGAGCAGAGCGCACAUCUUCCUGGCGGGGUGGAGGAUCUCGCCACUGUUGCUUCCCACGUUGAGCCGUGUUCUGACUGCGAGCCACCAUUAGCCAGGAGGCGUUCCAAGAGGUGCACAUGCUACACUUACAAAGACAAGGAGUGUGUGUAUUACUGCCACUUGGAUAUCAUCUGGAUCAACACACCAGAGCACACAGUACCAUUUGGUAUGUCCAGUUACCAGGGUUCCCUGCGUUUGAGACGCUCCACUAGGAGCGAGCGGGUGAGGAUAGGGGUGGAGGCUCAGCGCUGCGUGUGCUCAAUAUACAGUGACGUGGACUGCAUCCGCUUCUGCAAGAUCAGGUAGAGUCAGACGAGACCACACACAGCAGUGCCAAAAAAAGACAAGAGGACAGCAACUCAGCGGAGUGGCCCUGCUGUGAAAUAAGUGGCGUGCCUAUAAACUGAAAAGUGUUUACACAUUCUAAGACAUAGCGUGUAUAUCUGCGUUUCUGUAGGUGGAUAUGUUGUAGUGUCUUGUCAUCAGACUGAAUGAUGUGUAACACCAAAGGUGCUUGCACAAAUCUAAAAGCGAGCAAUUCCACGUUGGACGCUAACGGAAUCUUCACCACUCUUCUCUCCUGCCAACCUCUGCUCGUCUACCAGAACUUGCUGCCUGUGUCUGUUCAGCAGGUGUGCAUGAUGGUUUCCAUUAUUCUGACACAACUGAAGCUAGUUUACAGGGCUGAUUUGUGCGGAUUAUAAGACAUUUGGUUGCUCACAUACAAGGUGGAUGCCUCUGCUCCAAGGACAUCACUGAAGCUCCAUGGCAACAUUGGCACAACAUCAAAGCCAGGAAGUCAGCAUUACUUUUUUUUUUUUUACAAAUUGAGUUUGUCACAGUUACUGAAAGAGUCAGGAUCUUUUUUUUUUUUCUUUUUAUCAUUACAUUAAGGAUGUUCUUUAUUGUAAAGCACGUCUGAGAUUUUUGGAGGUAACAGAACUGAAAACAAAAGUUAGCAGUCUGUUUUAUAAGCUGAAUCCAUGCCACAGUCUUGUGUAUGUGAAAUGUGUUCCAGUAUAUAAAGGCUAUAAGUUAUUUUUCAUACAAACCAAAUACGAUAGUAAAAGUGUGUGAUAAGAUGUUGUAUAUAGAUUUCUAUAUCUGAUUAUGCUAGCCAGCAAGUCUCUGUAUUGAAAAAUCUAGAAAAGUACAAAAGUUUGUACCACAAAAUAAAUUUAUGGUGCAACUUC